GACGCACCACCAACUGCACCACUGGCGAGACUGGUGCAGGCUGCAGAAGACCUCACGCAUAUUAUCAGCGCGUCACACAAGCUGCGAGGAGAGAGGAUAACAUGGCGGACAUCACCGAGCCACCCGCCAAAAAGGCGCGGCUCGAUGUCGACGCAGAGCAUGGUGUUUCGAGUCUCGACGCGCCGAGCUCGCCGGUCGAUGACCUGGACGACGACUUCUACGGCACGGCCACCGUUAGCCCCACGUCGGCUGGCGUACAUACUGGGGAGACAUCACAUACUGCCGCCGCUGUAGCUCCUAAGCCAGCGAGCCAGUCGUCGCACAUCCCUGGCCUCGGCCUCUGGGGCGCGCCGCCCGCUCCGCAGGCCUCUGCGCAGAAUGUCCCGUUUCAUCGCGGGAGCGACGAGGGACCCGAGGAGGGCGAACUCUCAGACUCAGACAGCUUCUACGGUGACGUUAAAGCCGUCGAUGCCGUGACCACCAAUACUCAAGGUGAAGUCAGGGCGCCACAGCAGAACGGUGGCGAUGCCUCUGCUACCGCUACCCUCGAUGUCGAGACCGCGCAGUCACCAAAGACCUUGGGAGCGUCCAGCCCAACCGCGUCCGCACCUGCGGAUAUCGUAGCCACGGCUCCAAUCGCGGCUGAGAGCUCGGGACUUGCAGAUGAUGGCAAAGCCGAGUUCCUCCAGGCCGCUGAAGCGAACAAGAAAAACGCGGAUGCAGAGUGGCAGCUGGAUUCUGAGCAGUCGGAUUCAGAUUCGUCUUCCGAUUCGUCCAGCGACGACUCUAGCUCGGACGAUGAGGAAGCAUCGGAAGAUGGCGAGCUGCUCGACCCCGAGGAAAUGGUGCGCCGGUUGAUGGCAGAAGACAAAGACGACUCGGGCCCUUCUACGAAAGCGAAAGUCCGAACACACAACGAGGUCGCCGAGGAGUACAAAAAGCCUAACAUAGAGGUCAAGGAAGACACAAAGAUCACGGAGCUUGGGAAGGUUGAGUCGAUUGUCGACAAUCUGGUCGUGAUCAAGGCCAAUACAUCUGGAGACUACCAAGUCCUGGAAUCCGGCUCUGCGCUGUGCCUGGAAAACCGCACGGUUAUAGGCCAGGUUUCCGAAACCAUUGGCCGUGUCCAAGAGCCACGCUACUCAGUAGGUUUUGCUGAUCCGGCAGAGAUUACGACCUUAGGUAUCGCCAAAGAUACGCCCGUCUACUACGUCAACGAGCAUUCGACGUUUGUCUUUACUGAGCCCUUGAAGGCACAAAAAUACACAGAUGCAUCUAACCUACACGAUGAAGAGACCGGCGAGCCAGAGUUUUCCGACGACGAGAAGGAGGCGGAGUACAAGAGGCAGCAGAAGGAGAUGAAGAAAGCCAGGAACCAAACUAACUACGAGCCUCGUGAGAGUGGUCGACCUUCGAUGCACCCCGAUGCACACCCGCCUGCUAUGCCGACCUACUAUCAGGGUGGUGCUCUCAAUUAUAGCGACGACGAUGACGAAGAUCUCGGAAUGUACAAACCGCUUACUCGCCCAGAGCAUUUCGAGAACGUGGUCGGUGCAGGUGCUCCGAUCGAAGAUCGCAGCCAUGUGCGAAGGGGCAUGAUGCGUGGGGGCAGAGGGGGCAGAGGAGGCUGGAUAGACCGCGGCAGGGGAUUCCGUGGCAGAGGUGGAAGAGGUGGACGAGGCGGCAUGGGUGGAAACGGGUUUCGGGAUGAUAGGAGCGGUGACUUCUAUAAGCAGCCUCACGCUCCCGCAAGGCAUCAAGAGCAGAACCGGCCGAGAAACGGUCCACCCCAAGAUCACCGUAACAGGUCUGCAGCAUCCGCAUCUCCAGCCCGUCAAGACCACGGACGCCCUCCACCCCAGCACUCUCCCCCGCGUGGCAAAAACAAGCGCAAGCGGAAUCGCCAUACUUCGCCACAGCAGCCAACGCAAACGCCGGCAGCUGCAAAUGCGAACGCAUACGCAAGCAACAAUGCUCAGAGUAGCGCAGGGUAUUCAGCUCCGUACUCAGCACCAGCGCCGCCCACAUAUACCCAAGCGCCUGUAAAUCCACCGGCAUUCCCGCCUACUGCCUACGUCAAUCCUGCCUUUUACCCACAGCAGGCUCAAGCACCAGCACCAGCACAGAAUCCGCAGCAGCAGCAGCUGGCGAUGGCCCAGUGGCUUCAAAUGGCGGCAGCAGCCAUGCAAACUCAGAACCAGCCGCAACAGCAGCCCCAACCACAGCCUCAGGCCCAGUAUGCGUAUCCGUACCCAUAUCAGCAGAACGCAGGUCCGAGUGCUACCAAUGCACAGCAGAACAAUGGUCAGGCUGCGAACCUGUCAUUGCAGGAUAUUAUGCGAGCACUGGGCCGUGGCUCAGGCGCUUGAGGAGAACUUUCUUACUCUGUAUCUUAAUCCGAGUUGUUUACGAGGUUUCGGGAGCACAGCGUUCGAUAUCUUACACAGGGGAAUAUUUCUCCCUGUACCUGGGGACCUCGUUUCCCUGCCUCUUCUUCCUGCCUUCAGUAUUGGAUGAUGUUCGACGCCAAGUCGGCGCUGAGCCGAAGCUGCGUGUCACCACACCUAAGCUAUUUUUGCUUGGAUGUGUGGAGCGUUAGAUGUCCGGGAUUCAACAGAUGUACUACCUCGUGUAUUCGUAUGUGUCCUUGCCAGGGACGGAAAGUACGAACAGCUGUCCAGCCGCGUGCGGUACUUAUGACUAGAUAUCCGAAUCGGCAAGAAUGAAGAUGCAAACCGCUCAUGCUCAUGGUAUCGUG